AUGGCCACUCCAAGAACCGCCGGCGCCGGCACGCACGGUCAUGCAUCCUGCUGCUGUGAGGUCGAGCGACACAAUGUUCAGUCACUCGGCCUGCUGGCGGAUCUGGCGGAGGGCGAGCUUCGGGCGGAGGCUGCCGACCUGCAGUGGGAAGAUGUCCUCGGCCGUGGUCCUGUGGAGCGUGUGGCUCUCAGUGACUCGGAGGACUAUCCCGAUUCUGAUGUGCCCGAGUCGUCGCCGCCGCCGCCGCAGGGGAAGGGGAAGAGUGUGAUGGAGACUGCUGGUAAGCGUCAGCGGGCGCGUCGUCAUCGUCACAGCAAGCGCCGCACUGAGGGAUUCAUGGCGGCCGCGCGACGUUCCCACCUGGCCGUGGUGCAUGAUCUGUCGCCCCCACCGCCGCGGCGUGCUCUGGUCCGGGGCGGGAGGUCCCCGCCGUCGCACCAUGCGCGGCCUCGGGGACAGCCGGACCGGGAGGGGUUCUUCCAGCCCGCCGCCGGCACCAGCUCGGAGUUUGACAGGGGCUCCAGAAACCUUGCCGACCCUGCUAUUCGGGACCCGCGCGCGCCCACGGUGGUUAUCCCGCGUUCCACGGAGAUCCAGGCGGCCGAGGAUGCGCUUGAGCUGGCCCUGGUGGGCCUGGUGGGGGGCACCAGGCCGGUGGUUUCUACGGCCACAGUCUACAGCUUCCUCUACUCUGAGUUUGAGCUUACGAUGAACGAUGUGGAGUUGCGGCGGCACCACCCGGAAGAUUUCAUCGCACGUUUCCGCCGGCGUGCGGACCGUGACCGUGUCCUUGCUUCGCGGCCGGGUGGAUACCUUCUGCCCCUCACCUGGAGAAGGCAACGAACUUCACUGGCCACUGCAGAAAGCUUCAAUUUUCAGGUGGUUGUGGGCAUGCUGCGUGUACCGCUUCACGCGCGCAAUGUGGCUACUGCCCAAAUCAUCCUGGGCCCUUCUUGCUCGGGGAAUGAAAUCACAAGGCUUCGAGACAUACCUGAUGAUGACGACCGAGAAUUCUUUGUCAAGGCAUGGUGCAAACAUCCGGAUCUCAUCGAAGACGAGCAGACCAUCUCAAUUCCGGAGCCUGUUUUGCCUGUUGCAGCUAUGGGCAAUCCUGCCCCGCCACGCCUCUUGCAGUACCAGGUUAGGAUCAGGGUGGUCGCCUUCCAGGAUUGGACCACACCCCCUGCCUCACCUGGUGAUGAUGAUUGUAAUGAUGAUAGUGAUGGCCCUGAUGAUGGUCGUGCUGAUGAUAACUUUCAAGACCGGGGGGAGCAUUGGCCAACACCGCGGCGCGAUAGUGAUGAUGACUCCGGUGAUAGCAACUGUAAUAAUUAUCACCCAACAUGCUACUACCCACCAGAGGAAGCGAGUGGACGUGAUCCAUCCAUGUCUGUGCAGGUGGGCGAGUUCAGAUGCCCCUGUGCGUCGGAGGUCGUUGCUCGGCACACUGAUGUUGAUGGCACGCGCAAGGAGUCUGUGGAGGCUCACGAGCGUUGGGAGAUGAUGUCUGCACCGCGUACUCCUUGGACGCGGGCAUCAAAUUUUACGACGGUCAACACUCCAUCACCGUGGAUUGAUAGGCAGCUGGGCUCCCCUACCACCGGUGUCGUGGCGUGGUUCCUGAACGUCGCGCCACUGCUCCUCCACGCGGGUGUUUCAACACUCGAACCUGUACAUGUUGAUCAGGACUGGUGGGCUGAUCUGGCGGUGAAUGAGCUUUCAAAUGAUGUUAGUGCUCAAGCGUGUGUUGGUCAGGAGGGGGCCACUUCCGGGUCGGCCUCGAACUCGGUGGACUGGUGGGCGGACCUGAUUGAGGCUGAACUUGUCUCCACCACAUAUGUUGCGGCCAUCCCAGUUGUUGAUGGGGCUGGACUUCAUGAGGAGGAUGAGAGCGCUGUGGAGGAACCUGUUUCUGUAGUGGAUGCGGCCAAUGAUGCGGCCACUGUCAUGGAUGCGGCAGCCGCUACACAGGCUGCGCUGGAGGCGGAGGUGUGCGUCCCCAUGCACACGCCCCUGAUCCGCGCGGGACCUAGGCCUCGGCGGGCGCGAACGCCGGUCUCCAUCCCGUCGCUGCGACGGAGUGGCAGGAUCGCAGCAAGGCCAAGGGCACCAAAUGCAACGGUGCAGGCGCAGCUGCUGCUCCUUAAGAAGCUGGGAGUCGCUGUGGCGGAGGGUGAGCAUGCCUCUGAGGUUGAGAAGAAGAUCAAGCUGGCAUUCAGGGGAGAUAUGUCGACCAGGAAAAGGGAGGCACUACAACUCUUCCUUGAAAAUGGAAGUGACCUGACAACUGUGGACCUAAACCUCCAUGGACCUACUUUCGAUUAUGACUUCCUAUCCGCGACUGGGGCGGCUGGCGGGAUCUUACUGGCCUGGGUUAGGGAGGAUUGGGUUGUCUCUGAUAUUAACAAGGGACGCUUCGCCAUCUCAGCUCGCUUUCAGAAGAGGGGUGCCACGUCGACGCCAUGGUGGCUAACUGGGGUCUAUGGACCGCAGGAAGAUGCCCAGAAGGUCGAGUUCUUGGCGGAGUUGAGGCAAUUCCGUGACACUUCGCCUGGGCCAUGGUUAAUAUGUGGAGAUUUCAACAUGAUUUAUCGUGCCCAGGACAAGAACAACGACAGGCUUGAUCGUCGAAACAUGGCAAGAUUUAGAAGAUUCAUUGACAGUGUACAGGUGCAAGAAAUCAACAUGGUUUGCAGAUCUUUUUCCUGGUCUAAUCGCAGGGACAAACCAACGCUCGAGCUGCUGGACAGGGCCUUCGCCUCUGUAGGCUGGCUUACUGAGUUCCCCUCACACACUCUAAGGCCUCUGUCCUCUGAAUGUUCUGACCACUGCCCGCUGCUGCUCACGAUCAUUGCGUUCUAUGAUGUCCAGCGCCGUUUCCGGUUUGAGACUUUCUGGACAAAGAUACCAGGCUUUUCUGGUGUGGUGGAGAGUGCCUGGUCUUCAACGGUUGAGGGGGCUGAUCCAUUUCGAAGAUUAGACCAAAAAUUUCGCAAGGCUUUUAUAUCCCAAGGUUCAGAAGAAGAAGAAAAUAGUUUCUAUGCUGUGAUGAUCUGGGCAUUGCACAAGGCCAUCGCCAAGCAAUUCAGAAAACGCUGGCUGUACCCACUAUUUCUGAACACCAUAGGAACGGGUUCCUGA